AUGCCACCAGGGAGAGCAACAUCCGGUGUUUACAAUAAUAUUGCAUUACAUUACAAUGGUCGCUACGCUUAUCCUUAUCUUCACUCUUUAUGCUUCGCCUUUAUCAGUUCUCAAUAUGAGAAAGAUGGGGAGUGUAGGUUUAAAUUAUCGAAGGUUUUACCCGUUUCGAUUGGAUAUACUUCGUUGUUUUUCAAAAAAGGAACUUCCUUUACUAAAGAUAUGAGCAAAGGACUGAUGGAACUUUGGGAGAGCGGUAUCGUCCGUUUUUGGGUUAACAACAUCCCUUCUCAUUCAAAGGCGCGAAAAUGUUUGGCCGACACUAAACGUGAAGUCACCGGACUAGUCCCCAUUAAAUGAUCUUACUUGAUUAGCGCUUUAUUUAUCCUGGGCAACGGACUUGGAUUGGCAGCGGUGAAUUUCUAAUUGGAAAUGAUCAUCACAAAAUUUCGCCCUUAAUGCAAAAGACAUAACCAACUUUUAAUUAUUCUUUUUCGGUGUUUACUUGGCACUUAAGGAUACAACGUAACUUAACACAUUUUCUUACCUUUGAUAUUGUUGUCGAUUUGUUGGGACAUCGCUGGAUAAUUAAGUUCUCCACUAUUCAUGUCGUAACUGUGACGAGAGAACUAAGCA